AUGUGCGAUACUGCGGCGUGGGUAGCGGCCUCUCAAAAACUCUUCAGCGAUAUUACCUUCCUUGAGGCAUACCAUCGCACCGGACGCUGCCUGAACAUCGCCAUGACACGCGCUGACAGGGACGGAGAAGUCAAGGCGAGAAGCACACCAGGCCCCUACCUAGAGGUUUUGUUUGCAGCGCUGUCUGUCUGCUCUUACCCCGAUGCCACUCUUCUUGGGGGCAGGCAGGCGGGAGGCACCUCACGUGUCUCCCCCCAAGAAGAGUUCACCCCUCCCAUCGGUGCCUGCCUCUUGCUUUCCUUUGGAAGUAUCUCGCCUCCGAAUGCUCCUGAGACUCCCUAUUACCACGACGGAUCUUUGAGCGGCGAUAUUCCUCUCAAAUCGCUCGCUAGCUCCUACUGUGGCCCCCUGUACUCUAUCGUGUCGCAGGUAAUUUCCGUUCGUCCUGCUGCGGAUGUCGCAGGUGAACCCCCACGUAUUUCCGUUCUCCGGAAUUCGCGCUCAUGGGGAAGCAGGAAAGCCCAUGGUAGCUCUUCUUCGCUUGCAGGGACGGAAUUGUUUGGAGAUUGCGAAUUUGGGGUGGGUGUGCAGGUCAGUUGGAGGGGCGCUGGUGGCCAGUGGCGCGGCGGCUUUGUGCUUUCUGGUCUUGAACGCUUUUUGUUGCGGCUUAUUGCGCUGCUAAACGUCAGUCCGACGCUCCGCGGCAUUAACGCAGGGGCACUCGCCCUCCAGCCAUACACUGGCGACGUUACUGUCUGUCCGCGGAGGCUGUAUUGGAGGCACAUCAAGCUGAUGAAUGACCAGUCAUUUGCCGACGUUAAAUGGUUCGCACACUCUCAAAGAUGGAAUCUGUUUUUCGCGGUAGGUGGCUCUCGAAGGCGGCGUCCUGCCCGCUGGUGUUGCGCUGUGUCUGCAGCAACCGGAUGCGAAUUGAAAAGGCCAUAG